ACUGUGCUCCACAUUUUUUUUUUGUCGCUCGUUUUUGGCUCCUCCGUCGGAUCUUUUUUUUUUGUUGUUGUGGUCUGCUCAUGCGUCCGGGAAUGCCAUGGCCACUCCGAGCGCACAGCAGCAGGAUUAUUUCAGAUCGGUGAGCAGCGAGUCCACCACCUACAUGAUGGUCCCGGCCGGCGGGCCGGGCGGGCCGAUCGGGACGAGGCGCCGGGAGGCGCCGUCCAAGAUGUGGGUGGCGAUGGUGGUGAUCGUGGUGGUGGUGCUGCAGAUCGCCUCCACCACGGGGCUCUUCCUCUACCUGAACAUGUCCAUAUCGCAGGUGCGUAGCCAGGGAGUGACGGAGGAACUGAAGUGCCUGAGUUUACUGAACGCUCUGGAUAAGGACCAGGACAUCCCCGACCAGCUGGCCCAGCUCUUCGGCGAGCCCUGCAUCAAACUGGCCGAAGGCAUCAAAGCGUACAUCUCCAAGGUGACGGAGAACAUCAUCUCCAAACAAACCUUCAUAGAGGCCAGAACCAUGCCUCGCCCCUUCAACACCUCGGGGUCAAAGUUCAUGACCUCGGUGGCCCAGAGGCCGUCGGCCCACUUGACCCUCAGAGACAGCAGCUCUCAAGCAGGGUUCCCUCCCUACCCGAUCCCCACGCCGGGUCUCCACCAGUCCUGUCGCCACGUAGUCCGCACGUGGGCCAAUCAGAGCUUCGGAGCUCACCUGCACAACAUGACGCUGUCCAAUGGGAAGCUGCGAGUGCCUCAGGACGGGCGGUACUACCUGUACUCACAGGUGUAUUUCCGUUAUCCGUCCCCAGCAGCCAGUGACGGAGACCAGCGCAGCGUCAGCCACCAGCUGGUGCAGUGCGUCUACAAGAAAACCUCCUACCCGAGUCCCAUACAGCUCCUGAAGGGGGUGGGAACGAAGUGCUGGGCUCCGGACGCCGAGUACGCCCUGCACUCCGUCUACCAGGGGGGGCUGUUCGAGCUGAGGGCCGGCGACGAGCUCUUCGUCUCCGUCUCCUCCCCGACCAUGGUCAACGCCGACGACUCCUCCAGCUACUUCGGCGCCUUCCGCCUGGACCUCUGAGAGGAAGGGAUGGGAAGAAUUACUUUUAAAAAAGGAGCAGAUGGAUAAAUGGGACGGGGGCCUUUUGAAUAUCCGAGUGUCAUUUAAGGCAGAGCUGUGGGAUCUUGGAUUCCUCAGUUUGCUUGGACGGAUAUAAUGAAGGACGGAAGGAUUUUUUGGGGGUUUGGAGGCUUCGCUUGAGUGAAAGGAAUUCCUUACUCUCCGCUGAGCACAAACCUAACUGCCGAGAGCAAGAUAUACAAAGAUACAUGUGCAACCACGUGAAAAAUAAAUGUGAGGGUAUUCUUUCUGUCCCGUCUUGGGGGAAGGAAAAUUACGCUUUUUGGAUGUCCACAAGAAAAAAAAAACACACUAGAAACCUUAUAAUCGCUCAAAAACAUGAGGCCACCCUGCUGCCUGUUUCCCCCCAAAACAACACAUGAAUCUCAGUAUCUCUCGCACGUCAGCGAAGCAGUCGGGAACCCCUCGGAUUUGGAUUCAAGACCGAAGAAUGUACACAUACCACACAAAAGAAAGUGAAAUGAUCAAACCAAAGCAACAAAAGUGGAAUACACUUUUUUUUUUUUUUUAAAGCGUGCCAUCAGAGCGCUGUACAUAUGAAUGGCUGAGACUUUUAGACAAUGAACUGUGGUGAUUUUGAAAGUAAUUCUUAUGUAUUUUACAUUGACUGGACUUAAAACCACUUGGAUUUUGCCGAGGACUUUAUACAACACUAGAUCUGUGGGUCACAUGCAGAGACUGUCUUUAAGAGGAUAGGGAUUGCUUCGUCUGGAUACAGUAAUGAGACUGUUGAAUAAAAAGGCACUCUGUGUUGCUUCUCACAAACGAGUCUGCAAGCAAGAGGAGGAAUGAAAACCAGGAGGAGGCAGAAAUCUUGUAAAAAGGACAAUAAGAAUGAGGGCGGUGUGCAGCCCGACCGGCCUGUGGUGUUGAUCUCUCUUCCGUUUCUUUCACUUCACAAUCUCUCUCUUUUCUCGUAAAGAAUGUUUAAUAUCUCGUCUUUCUGGUUCGACUCUGUGAAGCUGCACUCGGUUUAUAUUUGAAGGGUCAGUCGAGCAACCGAGCAGAGACAAAACAGAGCGGGAACAAGAUGACGGCUCACAAACACAACAACACGGACGCCAAGGUUCAGAUGGUUUAGAGCCGCUUCACAUUAAAAACACUCACUGAAGCGUCACUAGACGCAUCAAACAAGAAUCACUUUUGCACCAAAUUUUGCCGAAUCUUCUGUCCUGCAAAUCACUGAUUAAUGAAAGAUGUCACACAACAUUAAAACAAAGGUCCUCAGAAAUACAAAAACAUCUGGACACCAAAAGAGAGACGAGAAAAUUGAGCAGACUUGCAUCGUUUUAGCAGAUAAAACAUUAAAAGAAAACUCUUGCAACUUUCUUGCCAAGAUUUUUAAUGGAGGACAGGGGACAGUUAGCUUAGCACAAAGACUGGAAGGAGAGGGAAACACCUAGCCUGGCUCGCUGUUUCCACUCUUUGUGCUAAGCUAAGCAUCAAUUUGGUACCAAAGUUAACCUUUAACUUCUUUGCAAGACGGCAAACAAAACUCCUCCGUUAAUAUGCAACUACCAGCCACGUAUCGUUCUAGUUAACCCCAUUAAAAGUGAGCUGCCAACAAGAAAACAAAGAGUAAAUUGGUGACGCAGCAGCAGAACUGGCAACACGGACACAUUCAUGGGAACACGCGCAGACAUUCUGCACCAUUGUGACACUGAAACACAACACACACACACACACACACACACACACACACACACACACACACACCAUAGAAACCAGUUCAGCAAGCAAACAGGAAGAAAAGGUGAAUUUAAGGAAAAAGGCACCGAGCGGAUUUACUAACAAGACACAGACGCACAGAAAGAAAGAUUUGGAUGGAGCGAGAGAGGAUAUUCACAGACAUAAACCAUGCGCUGACCAGCGCCGACUGGACCCCUACACGCUGUUUUUAUCUGGCAACACACAUACACACACACACACCACCUCCAGACUCGUCUGUGCUCCGCAGACAUACACAUGCCGUGUCACAUUGUAAAGACACACACUCAUUUAUCCACACUGCCAUCUGGUAGUUGUCAGUGAUCAGUCGGCGGCAUGCAGGGAGAGUGUGUGUGUGUGUGUGUGCGCACCCAUGUUUGUUCAAAGGGCUCAGACAAUUCAUAAAACUAAACACACACAUUGUGUAGCUUUGUUUUCCCUGAGAGAGAGAGAGAGAGAGAGAGUUCACACAUACCUGUGUGUAUUUACUCUAUGCCGGGUUACCGUAUACUGUGGUUUGUUUCAUAGCACACACACACACACACACACUCUUUAUUUUUCUGUGCAAAGCACAAAAUUGGAGGCAAAUUUCAUUUAGUUUGAUUGCUGUUUUUAGCUGCUAUCUUUUGUUCUUUUUUCUGCCGGGUGUGGAGCACCUGCUCACGUUUGGGUUUCUCUCCGUCAGACGUAAACCUGGGCCUCGGGUCGGUUUAUUAUCCGGGGUGAACUUCAACAAUCACUUUUCUUCCUUGCACUCCGACCGGCACCAACAGAUCACUGAAAACAAUGUCGAGCGAUGGCGAUAAUGCAACGUGUACACACACACACACACACACACACACUCUGAUUACAGCGGCGUAAAAGCCCCUUCGGGCCAUCUGGGAAAACGUCUGCAUUGAAUGUGUGCUUGUACUGGACGGUUCUGUAGCUGUGAACAUGUGUAGCACGUUUGUUGCUGAGAAAAUAAAACAAAUAUUUGAACCUUGAA